GAAGGCGAAGUGUCUUAGAAGCUAUUUUCUGUUGCUGAAACGGCAAUAUACAGUGAAGCUGAAACAUCUGAAUGGAUUUGUGUCCCGACAAAUAUUAGGAAAUAUGAUGUCAUCACAUUCCAGUUCUAUCCUGGCGUUCAUUUUAACGAUCUUUACGUGUUAUUCGGCAGCUUCCUACAAAUUUAUUCGAAAGGAUCAUGUUUUUGAAGAGUGCAACAUUAAAUCACAGUGUGAUGAUAAUGGUACAGAAAUUGGUACUAGCAACUUCACCCUAACUGACUUUAACACAGGUAGUGUAAAAGUACUCUUGCCAGGAAGUUUUGAAAGACAACUAACCUUGUAUACUUAUGAAGAUACUGAUCCUGAAGAUACAAAUCUUGAAGCUAAUCUCUAUUUGCACUCAAUAUAUAACUGUGAAAUGCCCAGUGAGAACGUGUCAUCAGAGUGCAGUUACCAAGAAGUUAUUCUUCAUUACCUUUUUACAAGCUGCUAUUAUCUGUACAAUAAUAACAAUGUCAGCGUAGCUUAUGGUUGUGUUCAGACAAACUAUACAGAUGAAGCACUGAAAAAAGACUGUAGUAACAAAGCGGAAGCUGUUUUAGUCCAAGAGAAAUACACUCUCAUUUCUCUCAACAUCACACCGUUUCUGCAUAACAGUGUAUUAAAGUUCUUUGUGGAUGAUACAAACUGUUCGUGGUCACCAAACAAUGAUGACUUUUGGUGGAGCGUAGAGAUAAAAGAAGAUCAGAAUGAUGAUGUCAUCACAGAGAAGAAUGAAACUCAAAACAGAACUGUUGACUGUGCUAUUGCUCUGAAUGAAGAAGUUGGCAUACGUCAGUUACGUUGUGAAGUUAACCGGACAGACAUACCAUGCAUAAUGGUCAUGAGACAGAAGAGUAACAAUCCCAUUAAUGAUGGGUACUGUAACCAAAAAAAUGUUACCUACACAAAAAUAGACCCUUUGCGACCCUAUGACAAUGUAGAACGUACAUUUCCGGCAGCUGAUGUAUCAAGAACUAAAUGUACGUUGUUCCUGAUGAUUAUCCCCUUAAUAGGAGUUGUUUGUGUUUACCUCAUACUGUAUUUCUCAGAUGAGGAGGACAAAGAGAAAGUGAAAGAUCCAGACAGGCCAGAACCUAUUCCAUAUCUAAAAUGUAAGGUGUUACUUUUAUAUCCUCAGGAUUGUGAUUCUUUCAUGGCUACAAUGAAAAGUCUGAAAGUUUUUUUGCAGAGUUUUAACUGCUUUGAGGUAUAUGAUUACUUUGAUCCCAAGAGGUUUGGAGAAAUAGCAUGUGAUCCACAGGGGUGGAUCAGCAGCCUACUUUCACAUAAAGAUGUGAGGAUAAUUCUAGCAGAAACUGAUACUGCUUUGCUCCAUCAACUAGCUAUUGCAAAGAUAUGUGUUGUUAACUAUGUUUCACCUGUGCCAUAUAGCAAUCUUUUUGCAUAUGGUUUACAAAAUCUUCUGCAGAGUCUCAGACCACAGGAAUAUAGUCGUAUUUUUUUGAUACGAUUAUGA